AUGGAGCAUGCAAUGGGCGGCACGGGAGACACGAGAACUGGCAGCACGGGAGGCACGUGUAGGACACGGGCAGCAUGGGAAGCACUAGAACGGGUGGCACGGGAAGCACGGGAGACAUCGGAACAAGCAGCACGGGUAGCACGGGAACGGGAAGCACGGGAAGCACGGGAACAGGUGACACGGGAGACACGGGAACGGGCAGCACGGGAGGCACGGGUAGGACACGGGCAUCACGGGAAGCACGAGAACGGGCGGCACGUAGGACACGGGCAGCACGAGAGGCACGGGUAUGACACGGACAGCACGGGCAUCACGGGAAGCACGGGAACGGGCGGCACGGGAGACACGGGAGACACGGGCAGCAAGCACGGGCAUGGGAAGAGCACGGGCGGCAACACGGGUCGAGUAUGGGCUGAGCCAGGUCGCCACCCCGCCACUGCCACCACCAAUCCCGCUGCCCCCCCCCCACCACUGGCCGCCACCUCCAUUCUCGCUGCCCCCCUCUAUUCACCACACCCACCACGGCCCAGCACCACAGAGGUAGGUUCAGACGGGGUGCUCGAUGGCGGGUUCGUCAGCGGGCUCGUUGGCGCGCUCCCUGUCGGGUCCGUUGGCGAAUUCGUCGGCAGGCUCGCUAGCGCGCUCGCUGGCGGAUCCAUCGGCGGGUUUGUUGGCGAGCUCGUCGGCGGGCUCGCUAGCGCGCUCGUUGGCGGGUGCGUCGGCGGGUUUGUCUGCGGGCUCGCUGACGCGCUCGCUGGCGGGUCCGUCGGCGGGUUUGCGGGCGUGCUCCCCAUGGGCAGAACGCACGGGAGGCCACGGGCAGCACAGGAGGCACGGGAGGACACGGGCAGCACGGGAGGACACGGGCAGCACGGGAGGCAGCACGGUACGGGCAGCGCGGGAGGCACGGGAGGACACGGGCAUCACGUGAGGCACGGGAGGACACGGGCAGCACGGGAGGCAGCACAUUGCGGGCAGCACGGGAGGCAAGGGAGGACACGGGCAGCAUGGGAGGCACGGAAGGACACGGGCAGCACGGGAGGCACGGGGACAAGGCAGGGGAUGAGUGGAGGAGGAGGCGGCUGA